AUGGACCGUUGUUUUGUGAGGCAGAAAACAGAUUUGAUUGACGGCAGCUGGCUGCAUCGUAGUCGUUCAUGUCUCCUCUAUGAUCAGUUCGGUCAUGACAAAGGAGGAGGAGGAAUAAUUCAUCGACGUUGUCUUCCUAUCAUUCGCUUUUUUUCUUUUUUACAAUUUACCCAUAAUGCAUCUCUUAUUUUGUUCCACGCCUUUCUUUCUUUCUUUCAAUCAUUAUUACUUUCUUUCUUUCUUUUGUUUCACGGCUUUCUUUCUUUCUUUUUUAUUUUCUUUCUUUCUUUCUUUCUUUCUUUCUUUCUUUCUUUCUUUCUUUCUUUCAAUCUUUAUUACUCACUAUCUCUCUUUUUUAUUUUGUUUUCUUAUUUACUUUCUUACUUUCUUUUUUAUUUCUCUUCUUAUAACUCGCUUUCUUAUUUUCCUUUUUAUUAUUUACUCAUACUCGCAUUCGUUUCUUCUUCAUGCGUGCGAACGAGGACUUGGGGACGGCUCCAUAUUCGUGAGAGUCGAACAGUUUCAACCGCGCCAAGUUCGAGAUUCGGUCAAAGCCGUAAACGAUCACGAGAUGGGGGGGGGUUACCAACCUCGUCGGUUGCUUCAUCUUGUCCUCCUCUACCUUCUUUUUUUCUCUUUCUUCUUGUCCUCCCACCUACUUUCUUCUUCUUCUUCUUCUUCUUGUCCUCUUCUUCUUCUUCUUGUACCUGCACCUUCAUCUCUUUCUUCUUCUCCGCCAUAUUCUUCUUCUUCUUUUCUUUCUGUCCUUCUUCUUUCCUUCUCUACCACCCAUUUCUUCUUGUCAUACUGCGUUCUUCUUCUUCUUCUUCUUCUUCUUCUUCUUCUUCUUCUUCUUCUCCUGCCCUUCAUCUCCUUCUUCUCAUUCUCCGCCAUAUUCUUCUUGUUCUUGUUCUUUCCUGUCCUGCUCAAAUUCUGAUUCCUCUGGCCUUCCUCUACCACCCAUUUCUUCUUGUCAUACUGCACGUUCUUCUUCUUCUUCUUCUUCUUCUUCUUCUUCUUCUUCUUCUUUCUUCCUUCUUGUACCUGCACCUUCAUCUCCUUCUUCUUUCAUUCUCCCACCAUAUUCUUCUUUUUUGCUUGUUCUUCUUCUGUCCUGUCCAAAUUCUGAUUCCUCUGGCCUUCCCUCUACCACCCAUUUCUUCUUGUCAUUCUGCACGUUCUUCCUCUACUUUUCUUCUUGUCUUCUUCUUCUUCUUCUUCUUCUUGUACCUGCACCUUCAUCUCCUUCUUCUCAUUCUCCGCCAUAUUCUUCUUGUUCUUGUUCUUUCUGUCCUGCUCCAAAUUCUGAUUCCUCUGGCCUUCCUCUACCACCCAUUUCUUCUUGUCAUACUGCACGUUCUUCUUCUUCUUCUUCUUCUUCUUCUUCUUCUUCUUCUUCUUCUUCUUCUUGUACCUGCACCUUCAUCUCCUUCUUCUCAUUCUCCGCCAUAUUCUUCUUGUUCUUGUUCUUUCUGUCCUGCUCCAAAUUCUGAUUCCUCUGGCCUUCCCUCUACCACCCAUUUCUUCUUGUCAUACUGCACGUUCUUCUUCUUCUUCUUCUUCUUCUUCUUCUUCUUCUUCUUCUUCUUCUUCUUGUACCUGCACCUUCAUCUCCUUCUUCUCAUUCUCCGCCAUAUUCUUCUUGUUCUUGUUCUUUCUGUCCUGCUCCAAAUUCUGAUUCCUCUGGCCUUCCUCUACCACCCAUUUCUUCUUGUCAUACUGCACGUUCUUCUUCUUCUUCUUCUUCUUCUUCUUCUUCUUCUUCUUCAUCUUCUUCUUCUUGUACAUCCUUCAUCUCCUUCUUCUCAUUCUCCGCCAUAUUCUUCUUGUUCUUGUUCUUUCUGUCCUGCUCCAAAUUCUGAUUCCUCUGGCCUUCCUCUACCACCCAUUUCUUCUUGUCAUACUGCACGUUCUUCUUCUUCUUCUUCUUCUUCUUCUUCUUCUUCUUCUUCUUCUUCUUCUUCUUCUUGUUCUUGCACCUUCAUCUCCCAAAUUCUCUUCCUCAUUCCUCUCCGCCAUAUUCUUCUUGUUCUUGUUCUUCUGUCCUUCUCCAAAUUUGAUUCCUCUGGCCUUCCUCUACCACCCAUUUCUUCUUGUUCUUUUUCUGUCAUACUGCACGUUCUUUCUUCUUGUCAUACUGCUUCUUCUUCUUCUUCUUCUUCUUCUUCUUCUUCUUCUUCUUGUACCUUCACCUUCCUCCUUCUUCUCAUUCUCCGCCAUAUUCUUCUUUGUUCUUGUUCUUUCUGUCCUGCUCCAAAUUCUGAUUCCUCUCUCUACCACCCAUUUCCUCUGCACCUUCACCCAUUUCUUCUUGUCAUACUGCACGUUCUUCUUCUUCUUUCUUCUUCUUCUUCUUCUUCUUCUUCUUCUUCUUUUGUACCUGCACCUUCAUCUCUUCUUCUUCUCAUUCUCCGCCUGCAUAUUCUUCUUGUUCUUGUUCUUUCUGUCCUGCUCCAAAUUCUGAUUCCUCUGGCCUUCCUCUACCACCCAUUUCUUCUUGUCAUACUGCACGUUCUUCUUCUUCUUCUUCUUCUUCUUCUUCUUCUUCUUCUUCUUCUUCUUGUACCUGCACCUUCAUCUCCUUCUUCUCAUUCUCCGCCAUAUUCUUCUUGUUCUUGUUCUUUCUGUCCUGCUCCAAAUUCUGAUUCCUCUGGCCUUCCUCUACCACCCAUUUCUUCUUGUCAUACUGCACGUUCUUCUUCUUCUUCUUCUUCUUCUUCUUCUUCUUGUACCUGCACCUUCAUCUCCUUCUUCUCAUUCUCCGCCAUAUUCUUCUUGUUCUUGUUCUUUCUGUCCUGCUCCAAAUUCUGA